AGAAAGCCCGCUACCGAUGGAUGAAUCCACUCAUCAAGGCCACAUGGGAAGUUUUCCAUCAGCGAACUUCGAGACCUCCUUCACCAUCCCUCGGUCCGCCCUCCUGCCCCAGCUGCGCGACCUUCUAUCUGCGCUCGACAUGCCGUUCACGCUCGAGACGCACGAAGAGCUCACGCCCUCGCUGCUCAUCCGCCUCCUCGAGGCGCUCCUCCAGACGCGCCUGCUCCUCCCAGCGGACCUCCGCCACGCGCUGUACCACGGGACCGACGCGGACGGCCACGCGACGGUGCAGUGCAUGAAGAUCUUCCUGGGCGUGCUGCAGGCGGACGUGCUGCAGACGGACGUCGGGCUCAGCGCCCUCGAUCCCAGGAAGCUGGCAAGGGGCGGUCAGGAGGAGACGCUGUUUGUGGCGAGGCUGCUGUGCUGGUACGCCCGGCGGUUGGGGAUCGUCGGCGCGCGCCGCACGGAGACGCCCGAGACGGGGUCGGUGUCGGUGCCGCCAUCGAGUUGGGCCGAGACGAGUGUGGUGGAGACCAAUGUGACGGACGUGACGAGUUUUGGGGAGGUGGAUGCAGAUGAAGAUGCCGAGGACGAGGAAGAAGAAGAGGAGGAAGGGCAGAGAGAAUUUGACGAGCUUGCACAUCUUCCCACCCCCUUGCAAUCCUCGCCUCCGCACCCACGCUGUAUCCACGAUGUCUCCGACAUGUCACUGCGGAUGCUCAGCGACACAGAUGCUCAUUGUAUCCACGAAGUUCCGUCCCCAAGCAAAUCCGCCAGUCCACGCCGUCGCACCUCCACCUCCACCAGCACCAGCACCCCCAGCGCCAUCCCGUCUCCUCGCCACUCACACUCUCCCCACCCACCCGACGCAAACGACGCAUCACCGACGGCCAGCUAUGUCAGCCCAUCGUCGUCACCCAGCGUGCGAUACACGGGGUACAUCGGCCUCGUUGACGAAGACGCCGAGAUCGCUGCGUUCGAGCGCGAGAGGGACGCGGCGCGGGCUCGACGGCCCCGGACGGAUGCGUCGCCGACAGCCGCUGAUUUGGAGCGCGAGCGGCGGCGCGGGAUCGCGCUGUUGCUGAGGAAGGCGGAUCUGCUUGAGCAGUUGGUCGGGCGGGGAACUCUGCCUGCAGGCUGAUGCAUAUUAGUCUCAGCCGGAUGAAAGUGUCCCCGGGAUGGCUCGAAAGUCGGGCCUACGGUACAGACGACCAUGGCGCUCCUUCGAUGCAGCAUCUGUUCUCACUCACUGCAGAGCGUACGUCUAAUCGUCCUAGGUAAUGCGUUGGACGGAUCCCCAAGUCCCUCGUUGCAGCGCAUGCUGUGUCAUGACGCGACAUCAGUCGCAUCAUGACACCGACAUUUUUGGCUUGCCGAAGUGGCUUGUGCCCGCGCCAAGUGGCUUUUUUUGGCUUGUGAUGGGAUUUGGCCUGUGAGUGAUGCCAUCAGGCUUGCAAGCCAAAAUGCCGGCUUGCCAAGCCAACAUUUUGGCUUGUGUCCGGCGAAAUAAAAUAUGAUUAUUUCUAUAUCCUAGUACUUUCGCGGCUCCACAAGUGCUUUCGGGUGUUCGUUAGAGAUACCUAAGGUCUAUGGUCACAUGAACGAGCUACGGUUUGCCGCAAAAUCUCAACUUGGGUACUUCAACUACAAGCCGGUGGGCUUUUUUGCUGAAUCAAGUCAGAGACUAUCUCUACCGUCGAAUUAUUCACAGUAGCGGUGAGCAAUA